AUGUCUAAGGCUUUGGCUUCUCAACGCUUGUUCCCUUCUAUUCGAGGUGGAAAUUAUCGAAACGUAUUUCGCGGCAAGAGUAUAUCUGUAAGUGCUGGUCUCAGUAGGGAUUUGUCUUUGUAUCGAGCGAGGUCACAACACUUAGGAUAUAAAUGGUCUUGUACAUCAAAUAAAAAACAACUUACAGAAGUGUGUCAACAGAACAUGGGCACAUGUAAUAGGAUAAUUAUACCUGCAUAUAGCCAACCCAAUAAUCAGACAUUCCACGUCGUGCUGUUAAUAAGAUCUACCUUCGAUCCUCUUCGUACAGCUACUACAAAACAAACUAUAGUGUUUUCUUCAUCUCGGCACUUAAUAAAUAUAAAUAUUGCAUGCGUCAGCAAUUGCAAUGGUACAAAAUACACUAUACAAAUGCCAAUUCAUCUAAAGUGACAAUGCUUGCGUUGUCGAAAUAAAAAAAUUUUUAAAUGGAUCUGGCGAGUGGAGUCUUUACCAGUGGAAGGAGCAUCAAAAAGGCUUAUUUUUGAUGUUAAGGAAACUAAAAAGCGCUUACUUUCAAUAAACCUUAAUGUAGAGGCUGUGAAUCGAUAUAACCCAAAAAUUACUUAUUACGGAAAAUCCUGGGUUUUUUUGGAAAAGAACAUGGGCCCUGCAGGUACUACGUGCUCAAUAAGCCCCAAGGUCGGAAAGGCGCAUGAGACACAAUUUUUAUUACAUUGCAAUCAAAGCCAAGCUAGAUUUAAGCCCCUAAUGUAUUGUAUUGGAGUUGACAAUUUUUUAAUCCAUGAAUGCAAAACCGAAGAAGAUAUACAAGUCACAGAACACAUUAUUGUUAUGACGCAGCUUUAUUAG